GAAUUUUGUGACGUCAUGCCUCGCUCCCGUGGAAGCACUGAAGAGACCUCAAGGCAAAGGAAGAUGGCCAACAAAGUGUUCCUUUUCACCUUUCUUGUGGUGGUCGUUGCAGUCUCUGGCUACGGGAAGGGCGGCAAAGCUCGCCUGUGUGCCAAAUACUGUGACGUCAUCUCCCCCGUGUGUGGCACUGACGGCAAGACCUACGACAGCCGGUGCCACCUGGAGAACGCUGCCUGCGGGGGCGUGAGGGUCAGCUUCCACCACGACGGAGCCUGCUUUCCCGCAAAGAGAUGCCCAGGGAUAUGCCCCGCAAUAUAUCUCCCUGUCUGCGGGACCAACGGGAAGACCUACUCGAGCUUAUGCCAACUUGAGGACGACAAGACCUGCAAUGGUGUUUACGUUUCCAAGAAGCACGACGGGAAAUGCGCCUGCAACCCCGUCGUCGCCUGCCCAAGAUUCUACGCCCCCGUGUGUGGCAGCGACGGCAAGACCUACGACAACGACUGCAGUUUCCAGGCAGCUGUUUGCACGAAUCCAGGUCUUACGAAGAUUCGAGACGGCAAUUGUGACUGCACUCCCCUCCUCGGCUGCCCCAAGAACUACCGGCCCGUGUGUGGCAGUGACGGAGAAACCUACAACAACAUCUGCUUCUUCGAGAUUGCAAAGUGCAAACCGUUGCUCUUCAAAUUGUCUGACGGACCGUGUGGUCGAAAGGUCGUGCCUAUAAAGAAGGGGUAUUAAAGAAAACACCAGAAGACAUUUAGCAGUUUUCCUUUUUCUUUACUUUUUUUCAUUUUUGUUAAUUUUUUACUCUUUAGUGUGAUAUGAUGAAUCCGAGAAUUUCGUUCUGGUAGUUAAAAAAAAAAAAUUCACAAUUUAUUAAUUUGUUGAUGAUAAUUUAUAAAAAAA